AUGGAGCAACAAGUGCACAAGCCGCAUCGCAAGUCCAAGGAGAAGAAGAAGCACACGGGAGACCAUAAUCCCAAAGCCUUCGCCUUCUCCAACCCAGGAAAACUGCAAAGAAGUGCAGCUAGAUCCCAGGAUAUUAAAGAGAAGCGCCUUCAUGUACCGCUCGUCGACCGACUUCCCGAUGAGGCUCCGCCUCGUCUCGUGGCCAUCGUCGGCCCUCCUGGCGUUGGCAAGACUACACUUCUAAAGUCCAUGGUUCGGCGUUAUACAAAGGAGACUUUGUCGGACCCCCAGGGGCCCAUAACCGUCGUCACCUCGAAAAAACAAAGACUGACCUUCAUCGAAUGCCCCAACCAGAUGGAAGCCAUGGUCGAUAUCGCCAAGGUGGCAGACAUUGUACUGCUCAUGAUUGACGGGAAUUAUGGCUUCGAAAUGGAGACAAUGGAAUUCCUCAACGUCCUUGCCGCCACAGGUAUGCCUGGAAACGUCUUUGGCAUCCUCACACAUCUGGAUCUUUUCCGCAAGCCACAAGCCCUGAAGGAUGCCAAGAAGAGGUUAAAACGCAGACUUUGGACCGAGUUGUAUCAAGGCGCUCAUCUGUUUUAUCUGUCUGGUGUCAUGAAUGGCCGAUAUCCCGAUCGCGAGAUUCACAACCUGUCACGAUUCGUGUCCGUCAUGAAGAAUCCUCGACCCCUUGUAUGGCGCAACAACCACCCAUACUCCAUCGUCGACAGUUUCCGUGACAUUACGCAUCCGACCAAGAUUGAAGAGGACCCCAACUGCGACCGAUCGAUCGUUCUGUCUGGGUAUUUGCGAGGAACAAACUUUGCGGCACAGGGACAACGAAUACACGUUGCCGGGCUUGGUGACUUUACAGUAGCCAAUAUGGAGGUCUUACCAGACCCCUGCCCGACGCCUUCUAUGGAACAGGCGCUGGCCAAAAUAACGGGGAAAACUGGCAGACGGCGGCUGGACGAGAAAGAAAAGAAGCUGCAUGCCCCCAUGUCAGACCGAAGUGGCCUGAAGAUUGAUGGCGAUGCUAUAUGGAUCACUAGAGAAAAAGGCUUCAGCUUCGACAAGGAUGCAGAAGGCGUUGAGCGGGGCGAAGGUGAGGAGAUGAUUGUUGGUCUUCAAGCGGAGCGACGGUUGCUGGGUCAAAUGGAAGAUGGCGUUCAGUUGUUCUCUGGCGGCGAGAAACUCAAGGAAGUUGCCGAGGAGGAAGAUACAGGCCGGAAAACACAACGUCGUGCUAGAAUUGCCGAGAGAAGUGAAUCAGAUGUUGAGGAUGAGGGCAUGGACGACGAGGACGAGGAAGAAGAUGAGGGCUUCGUCAGCGGGAGUGGUGAUGAGGACUCUGACGCCGAGGUAGAGUUCAACGAAAGUAAAAUGGGCAAAAUGUUCCGCAAGGAUGCCGAUAAAUCCAAGGGAGAGGAUGAUGUUGCUUUUGCCGAUAGCGACUCAGAUCUCGGGUCCAUAUCUGGAGACGACACGGGUAUGGAUGAUGAGGAUGAGGAUGAGGAUUUUACUUCCGAUGAAGAAGCCGCUGCCAUGCGCUGGAAGGACGACUUGGCGGACCGAGCUCGCAAGAUGCAUGGAAAGAGACGGACGUACCACACCAACGACCUGGCAAGAUACAUGUACGAUGAUUCAAUGACCCCUGAAGAGGCUUUGAAGCGAUGGAGAGGUGAAGACAAUGAGCCCGAAGAGGAGAACAUUGAGGAUUCAGACGACGAUGAAUUCUUCAAGAAGUCCUCACAGGAAAAGGAAGACUCAACCGAGGAUCGCUCAAUACCUGACUACGACUACGAGGACCUGGCGGCCAAAUGGGCUGAGCGAGACAAUAUCGAGGCCCUGCGUAGGAGAUUUACCACCUCUGACCUCGGGGGAGAUGAUGAUGGGGAAGAAGGCGAAGCUGACGGCGACGACGAUGACUUUGGUGGCUUUGGGGAUGACGAUGAUGAAGGUGACGGUGUUUUCGAGGAUCUGGAAGCUGAGCCUGCUGAAAAGGAACAAGAGACAGCAGAGGAUAUCGCUGCCGAGCGCGAAAGGAACGCCAAGCGUAAAGAACAGCUUAAACAACGCUUUGAAGAGGAGGACAGAGAGGGCUUCCUCAACGACAAAGCCAAUGCUCGGAGAGAAGGCGGUGAUAUCCAAGAAUACGGCGAGGACGAUUGGUACGAUGCUCAAAAGGCCAUGAUCCAGAAACAGCUCGACAUCAACAAGGAGGAGUUUGAGACUCUGGACGAACGACAACGCGCAGCCGUUGAGGGCUACCGCGCCGGCAAAUAUGCCAAGAUUGUACUUGAAAAGGUCCCCGCUGAGUUCGUUACCAAGUUCAAUGCUCGUCUGCCCAUUGUGGUAGGUGGCCUUACUGCGACUGAAGAUCGAUGGGGCUUUGUGCAAGUCCGAAUCAAGCGUCACCGGUGGCACAAGAAAAUUCUUAAGACCAACGACCCCCUUAUCGUCUCCCUUGGCUGGAGACGUUUUCAAACGAUGCCCAUCUACAGCACGACGGACUCGCGAACCCGAAACCGCAUGCUCAAAUACACCCCCGAGCACAUGCACUGCUUCGGCACCAUGUACGCUCCUCUAAUCGCCCCCAACACGGGCUUCGUCUGCUUCAACUCCUUCUCCGCCUCCAACGCAGGUUUCCGCAUUGCCGCCACAGGAACAGUCCUGAGCGUGGACGAGUCGACUGAAAUCGUCAAGAAGCUCAAACUCACCGGCGUCCCCUACAAGAUCUUCAAAAAUACCGCCUUCAUCAAAGACAUGUUCAACUCUUCUCUCGAAAUAGCCAAAUUUGAAGGCGCAUCCAUCAAAACUGUCUCGGGCGUCCGCGGCCAAAUCAAGCGUGCCUUGUCCAAGCCAGAGGGUCACUUCCGAGCCACCUUUGAGGACAAGAUCCUCCUCAGCGACAUUGUCUUCCUCCGCGCGUGGUAUCCCAUCAAGCCGCACCGCUUCUACAACCCUGCGACCAAUCUGAUCGGCUGGCAGCCCAUGCGUCUCACCGGAGAAGUGCGUCGUGACGAAGGCGUGGCCGCUCCACAGCUGAAAAACAGCCAGUAUCGCAAGAUUGAGCGGGAAACGCGACACUUUAACCCCCUGAGGGUACCUCGCGCGCUGGCCGCUGACUUGCCUUACAAGUCGCAAAUCACAACCACCAAGAAGCAAAAACGGGAUACUUAUAUGCAGAAACGAGCGAUUGUGCUGCCCAAGAACUCGGAGGAGAAGAAGGCCCGCGCCGUUAUGCAGCAGCUUCUUACCAUCAGAAACGACGCGGCUGCCAAGAGGCGUGCCAAGAAGGCAGAGAACCACGCGGCGUUCAAGAAGAAGCUCGCCGACAAUGAGGAGAAGAAGGAGGCCAGAGAGAAGAGGGAGACCAAGGAGUUUUGGAGGAAGAAUGGGCGGAAGAGGGGGGCAGAGGAUGGUGGCAGUGGUGGUGGUAAGAGGCGGAGGUAA